AUGUAAGAAACUUUCAGUAUAUACAUUUAGAAUAUUUUAAGUAUUAUAGUAAUAUUAAUAUUUUAGGGAUUAUUGGAGCAAGUUUAAUUGGGGUUGUAAUUAUCAAAACUAUUAUCCAAAUUUAUUUUGUCAUUUUUGAUAAAGAGAGAGAGUUUUAAAAUUUGGAUUAUAUUUUAAUGGAUUAUUGA